UCACCGUUCUCGUUUGAAAUUCGGCCCAAGAUGGCGGCGGCGGCCGGGAGCGGGGCUGAGGCGGCAGCGGCGGCCAGGCUGAAAGGGGCGGAGGAAGAGGAGGAGACGGCGGCUGCGGCGGAGGAGGAUGAGGAGGACAGGGAGCAAGACUGCAGCCGGUCUGGCAAGGCAGUGGGUGCGGUGGCAGCGGCCGGUGGGGAGAGUGAGGAAGAAGAGGAGGACGAGGACGGAGAGGACGUGGAUGUGUUCGAGGUGGAGAAGAUCCUAGAUGUGAAGACCGAAGGGGGCAAAAUUCUCUACAAAGUACGGUGGAAAGGAUAUACUUCUGAUGAUGAUACCUGGGAACCAGAGGUUCAUUUAGAAGACUGCAAGGAAGUGCUGCUUGAAUUCAGCAAAAAAAUUGUGGACAGUAAGCCUAAACCUGUUAAAAAAGACAUACAGAAACUAUCUCUAAAUGAUGAUGUAUUUGAAGCAGACUCUGACAGUGACUGGCAAGGUGAAACAAAAAGUGAUGUUUCACCUAAGAAGAAAAAGAAGAAGUCAAAAGAUGGAGAGGAUCGGAGUUCAGGUGACCUGAAGAAGAAAAUGUGUAAGUCUGCAAAAGUUAAAGAAAAACCCAGAACAGAAUGUGAAAACUCCUCGGAUACUUCGGUUUUAGAUUCAAAACCAAAAAAAAGGACUUCAGAAACCAAGGAGGAUUCAAAGGACCCAAAGAAACAAAGGAAGGAAGAUACUAAAGAAGUCAAGAAAAAGAAGGGAGAGGUUAAAGAUUUAAAGAUAAAUUCUAAAGAAGAUUUUAAAGAAAAUAAAAAGUCACAGAAAGAGAAGGAUGGAGAUGUUCAGUUUGGCUCAGAGUCAGGUGUUAUAGAUGAUGUAUUUUCUCAAGGAACUGAUAAUGAAAAUUCAGACUUAAAUGCUGAAAAUAAAGAUGAGAAGCAAAAAUUUGUAAGUGGAGAAGAUAAAUUGGAACAAGAAACUGCUGAAAAGGAUUCCAUUGUUGAUAUGCAUCUUGCUGGAUCAGCAAGUAAUGAAGAUGAUAGUAUUGAUGAUAAGGUUAAAAUUAAAAAGAAAGUAAUUCUGAAAGCUGAAGAUUAUAAAGAGGAAGGUAAAAAAGUGGAAACUCAGGAUACCUAUUUAGAGAACAAAAACAUGCACAAAAAGCAAAAAGGUCAAGAAAAAGUAAAAAUUGAAGAGUUGGACAAAGUAUCACCUGCUGCUUCACCAGUGCAGAAGGGUUUAAAAUUGAGCUUUGACGAAAGGGGAUGCAAGUCCACUGAUUCAGCUGUGGAGGAGAAAGAAGUAAAGAAAAUUGAAACAAAAGAAAAACCUCAAAAAGAGCCCGAAAAAGAAGAAAAAAGCAGAAAAGAACAAAAGGGCCUAAAAACUUCAGAAGAAAAAAGUGAAUAUUCUGAGAAUAACUGCAAAAGAGAAGAAUCUUCGCUAGAAUAUAAACUCAUAGAAGAAUUAAAAUCAAAAGACAGCGAGGUGUACAAGGAAAGGAGGAACGUAAGAGAUGAAACAGACACAUGGACUUAUAUUGCUGCAGGCGGUGAUCGAGAAAUAGUGGAUGUGUGUCAAAUGGAGAACUCUGAUGGCAAGCAACAAGUCUUGAGUUUGGGUAUGGACAUGCAGUUAGAAUGGCUGACACUAGAAGACUUUCAAAAGCAUCUUGAUGGAGAAGAUGAGAAUCACGUGUCAACAAAACCGAUAUCAAAUACUCUCCUGAGGGAUGCUGUUAAAAGUGGAGAUUAUAUGACAGUAAAGAUGGCACUUUCCUCAAAUGAGGAAUAUAAUCUGGAUCAAGAGGACCCAAGUGGAAUGACCCUGGUAAUGCUUGCUGCUGCUGGUGGGCAUGAUGACCUUCUCCGGGUCCUAAUCAGGAAAGGAGCUAAAGUAAAUGGGAGACAGAAAAAUGGAACAACUGCAUUGAUACACGCAGCUGAAAAGAAUUUUCUAACGACAGUAGCUAUUCUACUGGAAGCUGGCGCGUUUGUGAACACGAAGCAGAGCAGUGGUGAGACUGCUUUAAUGAAGGCUUGUAAAAGAGGAAAUUCAGACAUAGUGCGGCUUAUGAUUGAAAGCGGAGCAGACUGUAACAUUUUGUCAAAGCACCAGAACAGUGCACUGCAUUUUGCUAAGCAGUGCAAUAACCUCCUGGUGUAUGAGCAGCUCAAGAGUCAUUUGGAAACGCUCUCAAGGGUAGCAGAAGACACCAUCAGGGAUUAUUUUGAAGCCCGUCUUGUUUUGCUGGAGCCAGUCUUCCCAAUCGCAUGUCAUCGACUGUGUGAAGGGCCAGACUUCUCCACAGAUUUUAACUACAAACCCCCACAGAAUGUGCCAGAAGGAUCUGGAAUUCUUCUCUUUGUUUUCCAUUCAAAUUUCUUUGGUAAAGAAGUCAUUGCUCGGCUCUGUGGACCGUGCAGUGUACAAGCCGUGGUUUUAAAUGACAAAUUCCAGCUCCCUGUAUUUUUGGACAGUCACUUUAUUUAUUCCUUCAGCCCCACUGCAGGCCUUAACAAGCUUUUUAUACGGUUGGCAGAUGCUCCUACUGCUAAGGUAAAGCUGCUGAUUGGAGCGUACAGAGUGCAGCUGCAGUGACCUCACAGCUGUGAGCAUGUUGAGUGGACGGACGUUGUUUUGGAUGUACUUCUGAUGCCUCUGUUUAGAGACUGACAGAGCAGUUUGGAACUUUUUGGCACCAUGCUCCUAAGACUGUGUUCCCAUCUCGCUGUCCCUCGCUGGCAGCCAUGUAGGAAAGUGUGUGCUGGAGAGAAGCUGAAUCUGAGGCACUGGUGGGACAGGGCUGUCAGCUUUUUUUACUUUGUACAGAUGUAGAUGUAAGUAUUUGUGCCAAUACACGGAAUUCUGGUUUUCUUUAACUUGCUGAGUCCAGACUGCGUAUUUCAGCUUUUCCACAAUGUGGAACGGUACAUAUAAGAACUAUUUAAGGUAACUAUGUGAAGUGUCUUUUUUAAUAGAUUUUUUCCAUUUGUAAACUAAAGUUUUCUACUUACUCUCACGUUUCUAUGUACAACACAGAACUGCCAUAGUUUUGGAGCCAUGGGCAUAACUUACACUUUUAAGCUGUUGCAUUACAUUUAACUUUGAAUUGCUGAGGGCUGGUUUGGAAUUGUUCCUGCUGCUGUCUACCAGGAAAGCAAUUCUGCUUAGAGUGAUUCCCUCUGAACACAUAGUGAGAUCUGCAGGCACCAGCAGUGGCACUUGGAUAGGCCCAACUACAGGAUGAGCACAGCUGGAUUCCUACUUACACCAGUGUUUGAAAACUUCUUUGGUGUUAGAGAAGCAACUGGUAGUUUUACUUUUGACUUUGACAUUCUUGGAUGUAUGGGCAAAUAAAUACAAGGUAAAAAUAGCAAACUAGAGAACUUGUAACUCCCUUCAGCGUGUGGGCAGUGCUUGACGUAGGCUGAGAAGAUACAUCGACAGUCUCAGAUGUUCUCAGCUUGCCAGAUGAGAAAAUGUAUUAUCCUUUAAAGCAGAAAUCCAGUUCCUCAGUGCAAAGAGCUGCUAUCUUUUUUUUAAGUAGUAGUAGUAGUAUUUAAAUGACAGCAGUUCUGUACUGGUUCUGUGCUAUAAAAUACAAAUGUAAUACUUCUGCAUGAAGUAUAGAAUAUUUUUCUUUGUAACUUAACCAACAUCUUGAAAAGUAUAGCAGAAAAAUAA